AUGGAGAAUCCUGCAGAGUUUACAUGGAAUAAAAGAAUAAAGCAGCUGUCAACUUUGAUGAGAGAUUUACAAACUAUGCAUAAAGCAGGUGUUGUCCAUAAAAAUUUUCACAGUGGAAAUGUGUUGUGGACUCUUGAUGAGCAUCAGAAUUAUGAAUUGCACAUUUUUGAUUUUGGCUCUAUUGAUGAAAAGGUAAAAGGUACAGCUGGUGGAGUCCUCUCAUAUAUGGCACCAGAAAUACUUCAAGGUCAACCAAAAUCAACAGCAUCUGACAUAUAUGCCUUUGGUAUAGUCAUGUGGGAAUUUUCUUCAGGACAACCAGCCUUUAUUGAGUAUAGAGAUGAUGAUGUAUCACUCUUUGAACAGAUUAUUCAAGAUCACUUGAGACCUGUGCCUGUAGAAGGCACACCAGAUUGCUAUAGGAACUUAAUGACACAUUGCUGGGCUCCUGAUCCCAAAGACAGACCAACAACUGAAGAAGUACUUUAUGCAUUAUUAUUAUUCAUAGAGAUGAAUGACAUGACAUCACCUACAUUUAAUGAUACAGUCUUUGAGCAAUUUGAAAUAGCAGAAGAACUGAGGUUACAAAAAAGAUCUUGGGAUUCAAAUGAAAAAUGGCAUCAUGAAAAUGAUGAUACUGGUUCUAUUACUGAUGAUGAAUUGGUCAUAGACAUUUUAAUUUGA